CCAUACCCAUGUUUGUAACACCCUAGCAGAUAAUAUGGAAUCCAAAAGUAAGAUCCUGCAACAAGUGAGGGACAAGGUUGCCUCAGCACACAAGGACUGUUCCCCGGCUGAAAAGCUACAAUUCUACAAUGAAUGGGCCACCCAGUACGAAGAGGAUGUCUCUGUAUUGGAAUAUAAAGCCCCCCAGUUGGCUGCAGCUGCCCUAGCCUCUGUGUGUACCAAAAAUCAAGAUUCAACACUGUUACUGGAUGUGGCUUGUGGAACUGGGCUUGUAGCUGAAGAGCUGCAGCGUUUUGGGUUUACCCUAUUUCAUGGCUUGGAUGGCAGUACAAGAAUGCUGCAAGUUGCUAAGAAUAAACAGCUCUACCAAGAAUUAAAGCAAUGCAUGCUGGGACUGGAUCCCCUGCCCUUUGAUGCAGAGAAAUAUGAUGCUGUUAUUAUAGUAGGAGCUCUGAGUGAUGGACAGGUCCCUGUGUCUGUGAUCUUGGAACUGAUUCGUGUCACUAAACCUGGUGGUUUAGUAUGUCUAACCACUCGCAGUAACGUCUCUAACUUGAAGUACAAAGCUGACCUAGAAGAAGUCAUGUCUGCUAUGCAAAGCAAAGGACUGUGGGAACAAGUCUCUGUACAGGAAGUGGAGCAGUGGGAGAAAGCUGUAUCAGAAAAGGAAGUCACAUUGGAAUCUGAUUAUAUACCUGGUGUCAUAUAUAUUUACAGAAAAAUGGAGACCUUUGAUAUUACAUAG